AUGGAAAGUGUCGGCAUGAGCGAACUUCCACACACAAUUGGAGAGCUAAAGGAUCUUAAAAUCUUGCGUUUGUCCAGGUGUUAUGAGCUAAGAAAGCUUCCAGACUCAAUUUGGGGAUUGGAAUCACUAGUUGAGUUGGAUCUGUCUUAUGCCAAAGUAACAGAACUACCUGAGUCGAUUGGAUUCCUGAGCAAUUUGAAGGUGAUAAGGAUAGAUCAUAGUGGGAUAAGCAAGAUCCCGGCGACUAUAGGCAUGAUGGAGAAGCUUCAAGAAUUUCAUGCUGAAAAAUGCUUGCAGUUGGAGGGAGAUAUUCCUAGUGGAAUGGGGAGUCUCUCCUUUCUGAAAAUCCUGAACUUAUCCGACACUCGCAUUCGAUCUACAGUCCCAGACCUCUCAAACCUGACCGGUUUAGUCAAUCUAAUUGUAUCUGACUGCUCUGAUGAAUCUCUUUCUAGCCCAUGGGAUGCCGAUUGUGUCCAAACUCCAAACCUGAAGUGGGUUGGGAGGUUGUCUAGACUGGAGACGCUGAAACUGGUUCAUAAAAGCAUCACUGCACCACCGGUGGAGUUAGCUUCCCUUCCUGGCCUGGAGCAAUUGGUUCUGUCUUGUUUUGAACUACAAUCACUCACUCAGCCGCUUCCUCCCACGCUGUCCGUGUUGAAGCUUAUAAACUUCAACUCAUUGGCAGAAUUAUCUCCCCGUUCUGACUUGAAAUAUUUGUCAAGUUUGGAGCUAUGUAAAUCGUGGCUGAUGGAAAUUCCACUCAAUCGGUUUGGACAAUUGGAGAAUCUGAGGGAACUGACGGUGUCGAACUGCGCUUUUCUUGGGCGGUUAUCCUGUCUGUCAGGCUUGAAGAAACUCAGAGUGCUGCGCUUGUUGAACUGCCCGAAGCUAGUUGAGAUCCAAGAUCUCGUCGAACUGGAAUCGCUGGAAACUAUAAGGAUUGAGCAGUGCGGUUCCCUGGUAAGGUUGCCUAAUCUCUUGAAUUUGAAGAAGUUGAGGGCCAUGGAAAUCAGAUUUUGCAGAUCAUUACCGAGUUUGCCUCCUCUAUCUCGGGUAGCUUUUGAAGAUUGUCAUCUAGUAGUUGACGGGUGCGAUAAGCUAGCCAACCACAACGGCCCUUUUCGGCUUCACAGGUUGUGCUCUUAUUUCUUCUUGACUUCCCAGUUAGCAUCCUCUGGAUUGAUAGGAGAUGCUAACGCGUGUAAUAAGACAUUACAUAUUUUGAGAAAGUGCUUGACGAGCAAAGACGAGACUCUUAUUGACGGGUUGGAGUUGCAAGGCUAA